CCUGCAUUACCUUGGACGCCUGUGAAAUCUAUAACUUUUCUGACCGAAUCUAAUGCACAUUGCACAGCACCACUUUAUCCCCCCGAGGGCAAAGCCAACAUCCCCAGGAGAAAUGGUGCGCCUCCACCCUGAAAUGCAUUAUUGAUUCCGGGGAGGGGCCUAGCUUCUGGACCGAUGCAUCCUUGAAGGUGGGGGGGGCUGAGUUCAGUCACUGAGCACGCUGGACCAGCUGACUGCCAGGGUCUCAGCCAGCAGCAUCUGCAGCCGCAGGGAUGCUUGAAAUAUCCCAGGGAAUCAUUGGUCUGGGGGGGAUCGAAGUUCUACACCUCAGCCGGCAGGUGGCGCCGUAAUUUUCACAGCGCUGGAAGGGAGUCUACCCGAGAUAAGACUCUGGGUUAGAGACCCCGAGCACUGAGAGGUGGGGGGAGGGGAAAGCGAAAGCCGGGCCGACUGGACCCGAGGUGGGACGAACCAAAACUGGGAGAGGCAGGGAGGAGAGAGUGAAAAGAAGGGCGGAGUCACGGCGCGUGAGCAGCUCAGUCUCGCGCUUCCCCCCCUCUCCCGGCUUCGGCGGAUAGUUUCUCCCAUGCGCCGCAUUCGCUCGGUGUCUCUCGGUCUCCCGGUCUCUCUCCCGGUCCCCAGGCCGCGGGGGGGGCCUCGCUGCCUGCCAACCCUCUGAGCCGUCUCUGCUGGACGCCUCCGCCGCCGGGAUGCUGUGGCUGCUGGUAGCGCUGGGGCUGGCGACCGCCUAUUUCUCCCUGCUGGACGGCUGGUACCUGGUGCGCGUGCCGCUGGCCGUGCUACGCGCUAGUCUGCUGCAGUCGCCCAUACGCGACCUGCUGGCGGAGCAGACCUACGUGGGCCGCGUGCUCCCCUCCGACAUCGACCUACUGCUGCACAUGAACAACGCGCGUUACCUGCGCGAGGCGGACGUGGCGCGCGCUGCGCACCUGACGCGCUGCGGGGUGCUCGGGGCCCUGCGCGCGCUCGGAGCGCACUUCGUGCUGGCCUCCUCCUGCGUGCGCUACCGCCGAUCGAUGAACGUGCUGGAGCCCUUCGAGGUGCGCACCCGCCUGCUCGGCUGGGACGGCCACGCUUUCUACGUGGAGUCCCGCUUCAUCAGCCGCCGCGACGGCUUCUUGUGCGCGCUGCUCAUCUUCCGCCAGCACGUGCUGGGUACCACUCCGGACGAGGUGGUGCAGUACGUGUGCAAGAAGAGGGUGGAGUCACCUGAGUUCUCUCGGGAGCUCCAGCAUUGGAUCAGCUACAACGAAGCCAGCAGCCAGAAACUCCGGGCAGAAUCUGGCCUCAGCAGCACCAAGGAUCAGUAACAGACUGACCCCUGUCCCUUCCCUGUCCCUCCCCUGUUCCUUUCCUUGAGAAGGGGAUGUCAUGGUCCCUGUAACUUACUCAUUUAUUUUCUGCACAUUUGCAUUUGUCCACUGGGGCUGGGGAUUCUCAGGGAAGGGAAGGGAGAGGGCAGGGAGACUUCUGUCUGACCCCGUACUUGGGCAGGACCAGAUUUGGGUGAACUGAAGGGAAAGGAAAGGUCAGAGAGGGCUGUCAUUUCCAUUUUGCAGAAAUGGAAACUUAAGACCCAGAGUAUAGAAGCAACUUGACCUGUUUCACAGCAAGUCAAUCCCCUGGCGCCUGAGCCUCUCAGUUCCUCCUGGGCUCUUUCUGUUACUCUCUGCCUUCUUUCCUUGAUUUCACUAUUUAUGCCUCCUGUGGGGUUUUAUUCUUCAGGUGAACAACAUACCUGGAAAGCCCCCUCACUAAGUCAGGGUGGUGGGAAGAGCCCUGCCUUCAAAUCUCAGCUCUUUCAUGAUCUUGUGUAUGACCUGAGAAAGCCCCUUCCUCUCUCUGGGCCUCUAUCUCCCUUUUCAUAGGAUUCAGAGAAUUUGGGGCUGGAAUGGAUCUUAGAGAUGGGCUGCUAGUCCAACCAGCCUUAGAGCGGGGAAAGGAGAAGGGAAAUGAUUUCUAAAAGGUUGUGCAAGAAGUGAGUAAGAGAGCUAGAUUUUUAGUGUCCCUUUGUUGUAUACUGUGCUGAGAGGGUCAAGCUGAAGACCUUCCCCCCCACCCCCAUACCCAUGAAGUUGACUUUCCUACAAGACAGGUGUCUUUUUGCUCUCUGCCCUGAGCGGGGGUCCCCAGGUGCCCUGUGGGCCUCUUUGAGAGGAGCAGGGGAAGAAGUAGCAAGAUUGGCGGGGAGCCAGCUCCCCUUGCCCUGCCUAGCUUCCUCCUCUGUCCCUCAGACACCUGAAUGUAGUGACCGGGUCUCUUCUCCUACACAGGCUCCCCCCAAAUCAGCACUUUAUGGAUGAGACUCUACUUAAAGCAUACUAGAUCUGUGUCAAGACCUGUACAUUUCUAUCCACCUAUAUCCCCUCUUCUUUCAAGGAGCAGAUGCUGGCAUGUGGCCAGCCAGAACUGGGAGAGGGCGGGUCCAGGCAGGACCAUGACCAAGGCCAGUCUCUCGUAGCCUCACGGGAAGAGGGGACCUGAGGGCCUGAGCUGAGCUCUCUGCCUCUGAUGCCCGGGCCUACCCUUCCACCGUUGCCAUCUCUGCUCGCCUUGUGGCUGCCCCGACAGGUGCCCCAGGGACCCCGAGUCCCAAGCUCUCUUUCUCCUCCUUUGCCCUGGUUGUUCUCAUCCCCUGUCUCAGAAAAGCUGCAAUCUUUUUUGUGUUAUGUAAGAGAGAGAAAUUAAAAGACUUAAAAACAAA